AUGGACUCACAGAAACAAGUCAUGCAGAGCUUUAGCCUUAUGAUCAUCCUUGGUGGUACUCCGUGUGCUUCGUUUGUGUUUGAAACGGCCCGGCAGGCCAAAGCGCGCCGCAUCGCCCCGCGCCCCGCGUCCGGCCCCAUCCGGCCCAUCGUGCGCUGCCCCACGGUGAGGUACCACACCAAGGUCCGAGCGGGCCGCGGCUUCAGCCUGGAGGAGCUGCGGGUGGCCGGCAUUCACAAAAAGGUGGCCCGGACCAUUGGCAUCUCCGUAGACCCGAGGAGGCGGAAUAAGUCCACCGAGUCCCUGCAGGCCAACGUGCAGCGGCUGAAGGAGUACCGCUCCAAGCUCCUCCUCUUCCCCAGGAAGCCCUCGGCCCCCAAGAAGGGAGACAGCUCUGCUGAAGAACUCAAAUUGGCCACACAGCUGACAGGACCGGUGAUGCCCAUCCGGAACGUCUACAAAAAGGAGAAGGCCAGAGCUAUCACAGAGGAGGAGAAGAACUUCAAGGCUUUUGCCAGUCUUCGAAUGGCCCGUGCCAAUGCCCGGCUCUUCGGUAUCCGAGCUAAAAGAGCCAAGGAAGCUGCAGAACAAGAUGUUGAGAAGAAAAAAUAAAGCUAUGUUUGAGUAUUGUAAUAAACCCUCAGGAAAA